UAUCAACAUGGCGGACAAGACUUUGGAAGUUGUGCUAAUAACAUCAUUUUGCUUCUCUGUCAUUGGAAUAAUAGCACUAGUAGCUGCGUUCUUCAAGCUAAGAAUUCAUUAUAAGUUCCUUUAUAAGCUUGACGAACAUUCCACAAGACAUGGAGGUGAGCUAGUAGCUGAAGUUUUAAAGGUUCAUGGUGUGAAGUACAUGUUUACUUUAGUGGGAGGACAUAUUUCUCCUAUUCUUGUAGCCAGUCAAAACCUUGGAAUAAGAGUCAUUGAUACCAGGCAUGAGGUAACUGCAGUGUUUGCUGCUGAUGCUGUUGCAAGGUUAUCUGGUGUAGUAGGAGUUGCUGCWGUGACUGCAGGACCUGGUUUGACAAACACYGUGACUGCUGUCAAAAAUGCCCAAAUGGCUGAGUCUCCUUUGCUACUAAUGGGCGGGGCUGCUGCGACUCUUUUAAAAGAAAAUCCUAGAGGUUUAUCUCAACACUUAGUAAACUGGUACAUUUCUAAUCAUCUCCAUGGAUUGUUUGCUGGGGCCUGGGAGCCACAAGUUAUAGCCCCAUUGAAGGUUGAUAUUCCGAUGCCGUCACAAUCUCAAGGCUUUGCUAACUUCACACCCCCGAUCCAGGACAGCUGCCAUCUUUUCAGCCCCUUUAAUUCAAUACAAACUCAACAUUCUUACACACUUUUAAUGCAGGAAAAUCCUAGAGGUUUAUCUCAACACUUAGUAAACUGGUACAUUUCUAAUCAUCUCCAUGGAUUGUUUGCUGGAGCCUGGGAGCCACAAGUUAUAGCCCCAUUGAAGGUUGAUAUUCCGAUGCCGUCACAAUCUCAAGUCUCUGAAUGCGUAAAACUAGUAUCAAGAUCUAGAAAACCGCUUAUUCUACUUGGGAGUCAAGUAACACUACCGCCUGUACCAGCAGAAAAACUUAAAAACUCUCUAGAGGACUUAGGUAUACCAUGUUUUCUUGGUGGUAUGUCUCGUGGCAUGCUGGGAAGGAAUAGUUCACUCCAUAUAAGGCAGCGCAGGAGGGAUGCGCUAAAGGAGGCUGAUUUAGUCAUUCUUGCAGGUAGGCAUAAUUAUGGAAGAGUUUUGAAUAAAAAAUCCAAGAUAAUAGCUGUGAACAGAAGCUCGGCUCAACUUUACAAGAAUUCUGAUAUGUUCUGGUCUCCAUCAAUAGCCAUUCAAGGGGAUCCUGCAUCGUUUGUGGUAUCCCUGUGUAGUAGUCUUCAGGGAUACACAUGUCCAAGUGAUUGGRUAGAAACACUGAAAGAAAGAGACUUAGARAAAGRGAAGGCAAACAGUCUGAAAGCUGAAGAACAAACGAACAACUAUUUAAAUCCACUUAAAUUACUACACUGUGUGGAGCAGGUCAUGUCUAAAGAUUCUAUUAUUGUUGCUGAUGGUGGAGACUUUGUUGGGACUGCUGCUUAUAUUCUAAGACCACGUGGUCCUUUGACCUGGCUAGACCCUGGUGCGUUUGGAACCUUAGGGGUAGGGGGUGGUUUUGCUCUUGGUGCUAAACUUUGCCGUCCAGAUUCUGAAGUAUGGAUUAUAUACGGCGAUGGUUCCCUUGGUUACAGUGUAGCUGAAUUUGACACGUUUGUUAGGCACAAGACUCCCGUCAUCGCAUUAGUUGGUAAUGACGCAUGUUGGUCACAAAUCGCUAGAGAACAAGUCCCAAUGUUUGGUUCAAGUGUAGCUUGUGACUUAGAGUUCACAGACUACCAUGUUGUAGCGGAAGGAUAUGGCGGAGCAGGACUGAAACUAGYCGACAACAAGUCCAAAGACAUGGAAGCAUGCUUAGAGAAAGCUAAGGAUAUUGCUAGAUCAGGAAAGGCUGUGUUAAUUAAUGCUUUGAUUGCAAAAUCGAAUUUUCGAGAGGGCUCGAUCUCAGUUUGAACACAAUACUCUGUUCGCUGCUAGUGUGUUAUAUUUUGCGAUUUCCAAAGACCUCGGAAAACUGAAAUGGUACUCGUUUUGAUGACAUUUUGAUUGGGCGAAAUUCAUCGUAUAGUCUUCACGGUUCCCUGCGCCAUCUUGAAAGGUAGCCGAGCCUUUAUAUCGAAGCGAGGCAACCGUUGAGCGUACAAUGAUAGAUACCUGUGAAUAAUUAUCUGUAGGUGUGAAAGAA